UCGCCGCGUGCCGCGUAUCCUGUUAGUUUGGUACUUUCGUCACGCGCAACCGCCGAGCCGCGCCGCGUUCUCGUCAGUCGCGAGUUGACGCGGUGCCCUGUCGCCGCUUCUAAUUUACACAAUACUCUGUGUUUAAGCAUGUUUUGGCGCGAAAAUGCCGCCCAAAUUCAACUUGAGUGAGCUGACAAUCCACAAACUAAUACAAGAAAUAAAAAACCGCGAGUGUUUAUGGAACGCAGAGAACGAGGAUUACAAUGACAGAUUUCAAACGGCCUUAGCAUGGAAGGAGAUAUCUGAAACUUUGCAAUUGCCAGUCGAUUUAGUUAGAAUGAAAUGGAAGAAUCUACGUGAUUCAUAUAAAAAGGAGAUGAAGAAAAGCGGCGCGUCAUGUAUAGAAGAGUACAAUGGGAGAUGGCAGUAUAUGGAAGUGUUGAGUUUCAUUGACAAACCUGACAGCGAGACAAAUACGACCGAAAACCAGGAUGUAACGGACAACAGUAAUUUAACGGAUAACUUUGUGGACGUAAAGCCCAACAAUGAUGAAGAAGAUAGCGAAGACCCAGUGGCGGUACCAAAAAAACGGAGAAGAAGUUACGCGGAGGAAGAAUACGAUUUAAUGUUUCUGAAGUCUUUAGCGCCGUUCUUCAGGCGUUUGGAUCCUGUGAGGAAGUUAGUGCUGAGAAGUAAAAUGCAAGACUUGGUGAUAAAUGAGAUAGCGGCGCAAAAAUCUAGUAAUAAAUUGUAUAUGCUUUGA